GGAGCUCAGAGAUCCCCCGCCCCACAGUUCUGGCCACAGUCCCGGGGCGCACGGACGUGGCUAGAGUUUCCUCCGCUCUCCGAUCGCUCUCGCUCUCCUCCCCCCUCCCGCUCUUCCUCCUCUCCCGGUCUCCUACUCCAGCUUCAGCUCCACCCGGCCGGCCCCGCACGGCUCCGGGUAGCCAUGGAGGACACCCAGCUCCAUAUCAUCGAACAGCCGCUUUCCGGGUACCCUGACGCCGAGGACCCGGCGUCCUCCCUCAUGCAGGCGCCUGCGGCCGAGGAGCCGUCGGGGGCCGGCUCCGAGGAGCUGAUCAAGUCGGACCAGGUGAACGGCGUGCUGGUACUGAGCCUUCUGGACAAAAUCAUCGGCGCCGUCGACCAGAUCCAGCUGACCCAAGCCCAGCUGGAGGAGCGGCAGGCGGAGAUGGAGGGUGCCGUGCAGAGCAUCCAGGGCGAGCUGAGCAAGCUGGGCAAGGCGCACGCCACCACCAGCAACACGGUGAGCAAGCUGCUGGAGAAGGUGCGCAAGGUCAGCGUCAACGUGAAGACCGUGCGCGGCAGCCUGGAGCGCCAGGCCGGCCAGAUCAAGAAGCUGGAGGUCAACGAGGCCGAGCUGCUGCGACGCCGCAACUUUAAAGUUAUGAUCUACCAGGAUGAAGUGAAACUCCCGGCCAAACUGAGCAUCAGUAAGUCGCUGAAAGAGUCAGAGACAAUGCCGGAGAAGGAGGGCGACGAGCUGGGCGAGCAGCCCGAGGAGGACGCGGCGAUCGAGCUGUCCUCGGACGAGGCGGUGGAGGUGGAGGAGGUCAUCGAGGAGUCGCGCGCGGAGCGCAUCAAGCGCAGCGGCAUGCGGCGCGUGGACGACUUCAAGAAGGCCUUCUCCAAGGAGAAGAUGGAGAAGACCAAGGUGCGGACCCGGGAGAACCUGGAGAAGACCCGCAUCAAGACCAAGGAGAACCUGGAGAAGACGCGGCACACACUGGAGAAGCGCAUGAACAAGCUGGGCACGCGCCUGGUCCCCACCGAGCGCCGGGAGAAGCUCAAGACCUCCCGCGACAAGCUGCGCAAGUCCUUCACCCCGGACCACGUGGUCUACGCGCGCUCCAAGACGGCCGUCUACAAGGUGCCACCCUUCACCUUCCACGUCAAGAAGAUCCGCGAGGGCGAGGUGGAGGUGCUGAAGGCCACCGAGAUGGUGGAGGUGGGCAACGACGACGAGGAGGGCGGCGCCGAGAGGGGCGAGGCCCUCGACCUGCUGCGCGGGAGCAGCCCCGACGUGCACACGCUGCUGGAGAUCACCGAGGAGUCGGACGCCGUGCUGGUGGACAAGAGCGACAGCGACUGAGUGGGACGCGUGGGGCUCCGCCCGGAGGCCCUCCCCCCCGCCCCCCGCCCUUCCUGCCCCCACCCUGAUUUCUUUCCCUCUUGAACUUUCUCUUUCGCAUUCUUUCUCGGCCCCAAGCCGGGCUGACGUAUUUCUAAAUUGAGAACACCUUCCCCUCCAGAAAGCACCUUCCAAGUCUUACAACUGUCACUGAGAUGGGAGCGGGAGGCAGCCCCCACAGAGAACAGCCCCCAUUGGGGCAUCGUCUGGGUGGGAAUGGAAAGGGCAGUGACCCAUGUGCUGGCUGUGCAAGUUGGGGAUCCUACCCUUUGCAUAGUCGGCCCCCAAUGGGGCAGUCUGCCUUCCCCCUACCGCCCCCUCACACACCCAGCUGCUGUCAUUCCUGCUCACUGAGCUCUUCUUUCUUAUCCUGACCCCUGGAGGCUUCAAAGCCGAAAUUAACAUAAGAGCAAAGAGUGAAUCCCCAAGGAGACCUUUGCCCACGUGGGAGGGCCCAUACUGGAAGGACUUGAGAGCAGCUUUUGGGAGGACGUGGGCUGUGAAGGAGUGAGGGCAGAGUGAGCCAUGAGCCUGGAUGAAGGUCUGGCAGUCUGCAAAGGGUCCCAACAUGAAAAAGGCUGGAGCCCAGCAGAGCCCUGGGGGAGCAGGGGUGGAGGUGGGCACACUAACAUGUUGAUGCAUCUGCACACAGGAACUCGUGGCUAUGGCUUUGGGAAGGAGAAUAGGAAAUAGUAGAAGGUGGAAAUGGCUGAAGAGAGGAGCAUUUGCCUCAUUUGCAGCAUGAGAAACACGGGACAAGAAUCCUAUCUUACUGGGGUUCUCAGAAGACGGCAGGACCAUUUCAGGAUAAGGAAGGAUGAUUAGAAAGCGAUGAUCCAAAUAGAGAAGUAAGCCUCACCUCAUUCCUCAACUGGGAUCUGGGUGGUUCCCCAGGAGCAGUCCAUUUUUCAAAGCCCAGAAAAUUAGGGUCCCAGAAGGGGACAGCACCAGGCAGUGGAGAGCUGGGAGUUAUGGGGUGAGGCGGGUGGGGAGGGAGGGCAGACUAGAAAGAGAUCAGAGUGCUAAUGGCCAGGCCGCCAAACAGGGCCGGAGGGGAAGUGAGGAGAGUAUCGUGACUGUGUAAGGAGCAACCCAGCCUUGCCUGACUCCCGGCAGAUUCUUCUCAAGUUCCUUCCCUAGAACUAGUGUAAGAGCAGCAGGACUCGCCAAGACCUCCUUGCCCGUUUGGGUUCCUCUCCUGAAUCUUUGGGGGUGAGAGGGUCGUUGCUGCCAGGUUCUCCUCAGGAUACUGAAGUCCCAGUAAAGGGGUUGUCAGAAGCAAGGACAACUUCCCUCCCCUGCAAGUCACUUGUGGCAUGGCUCACAAGUUCCCUUAAGAAGAGGCCGGAAGCCCUGGCCAGUUUGGCUCAGUGAAUAGAGCAUUGGCCUGCGGACUGAAGGGUCCCGGGUUCGAUUUGAGUCAAGGGCACGUACCUUGGUUGCAGGUUCCUCCCCAGCCAGGUCCCUGGUCGGGGCUUGUGCAGGAGGCUACAAAUCAAUGUGAUUCUCUCACAUUUAUGUUUCUCUCUGUCUUUCUGUCUCUCUUCCACGCUCUCUAAAAAUCAAUGGGAAAAUAUCCUCAGGUGAGGAUUGACAAAGAGGCUGAAGGAUUCCUCCUCCCGGCCUUAUCUUCCCUGCUCUGCUUUUUAGAAUCGCAGCUAAUUGCUUUAAGGGGGGGAGGGAGGGAGGGAGCCUGGGGACAAACCUUUUUUACAAUACAAAGCUUUGCUUCCCCCUCCCCUUUUCUUGGAUCCCUUCUGUCUUGGGAAUGCUGGAGACAGGUCAGCUGAGGGAGGAUGGGGAUUGGGACAAGGUUCCUAGGUGCUGAGGGCCGAAGGGGCCUGAGUUGUGGGCAGACGCAGUUUCCUGCUGGCUCUGGGGAGUCUCUCAUAUUGCUGUGUCCUGGUGAGCAGCCCGACCAAUAAACCUGCUUUUCUAAAAGGAUCUGUGUUGGACUGUAUUCUCCAAAGGCAGUUAUAUAGAAUGAACUACCGAGGACAGGAGGGAACCAUGGAAGGAGGGAGGGAGG